AGCCGCCUUCCUCAAUUUUACGACUCCGAACUUGGAGGAUCUGUUAGAGGACCGCCCGGAGGACCUCCGUGCGGCUGCUGCUGCGGCAAAUGAUAAAGCCGAGCUUUCCGGGGGUCGUGACGAGGCACAGCAGGAAGACGAAUCCAAAGUGUUGUGCUUUUUCUACGCAUACAAGGGCUUGCGGGCGGCGUAUCGUGGGAGCGAAAAGUGGUUUGGGGCUCGGGUGUUUGGUGCUAUGGAGCAGCGCAGAAACAAGGACAAAGAAUAUGCAACCAACCCGAACUUCCAGCACUUACCAGCCCCGAACCUUGUCGAGACGAUGGAAAAAGACCCGGCCCAAAAACUCGCGAUGGGUAUUCUGAAAGAUUGGAAAAGAAAAUUGGUGGAGUUGGACGUCGGCUUCACCAAGUGGAUGGAAUCGAGUGCCACCGGCGCUGCUAUUGUAUUCAGGAACGAUAGUGGUCUCUUCACCGUCCGAGAAGAACAAGAAGAAAAGAGACACGAAGCAGAGGAAGAGGUGGGCAGCCUGAAGCUGCGGCGGCGUGUUGAUAAUGUAACCCAGGCUCUGAAAUACGAGUCGGAGGGCCGCGCGGGCCUCUACCAUGCUUGGGACACAAAUCUGGCCUACACCGAGCAGGCGGAGACCGAGGAUGUACGGAGGCGGUUGGAAGACGCAGUCGAAAAUAAGUUGGCCAUGCUUCCUCAUCAGCUCCUGGAGAGCGCACGCGGCGGCGCAUUCGCGCUGCGGACAUUACGGCUGGAACCUGAUGCAAAGGAUAAAAUCGAAGCAAAAAAGCGAUAUUUGCGCGAUGCCGCGUCAGUGUUCGUCGGUGCAAGUGUCUUGGGGUGGAAGCUUGCCGCGUGGAACGGAGCUGACUUCGAGGAAGGAGAGACUUCGGAGUUGCGGGAAUGGAAGGAGCAAGCAAAACGCCCCGCAAACAAAAACGAGGAAGAUAGGCACAACGAGCGGGACUUCUUCUUGCACAAUUUUCAGUUGCAUCGCAAAAUGGCGCAGUCGAUACUCGGCGGCCCCAGUCUGGGAUCGCUUGAUGUGCACCUGGCGCUUCGAAGAGAAGCAGCGGCGUACGAAGCGAAGCUCCACCGAGCAGAGCAACGCGAGGACCCUUGACGUGCUGGUUGCAACAAGACAAGCUCCAGGCCCAGCUCGCCCACGCCCGCCGUGGGCUGCUCCGACACAAUCAAAAACCUAAGCCCCCUCCACUGCUUGAUGAUAGAGAUUCGUAUCGAUAUCCUGGGAGUUGUACAAAAAACGCGUGGCACUGCCUCAUGUCGGGCCGCCACAAACAAGUGAGGAACAAAUUGUUUCAGAUUUUCACUAGCCAAACCAAAGCUGUAAAAUAUCUUCGAUGAACUCCUUGUCCCUCAUAUGUUUUAUGGGUUGAUGUCGACGAGAAGCGCGUGAUCCAUGCGUAAAUCGUAAUAGAUCCCACUUACAAGUAGAAUCACGAUCGGCAAUUCAAAUUCUAGGUCUGAAAGAAGUCUGUUGCGCCAGGCGUUGCGAUUUCAUUUCAUUUUGAUGUGUUUUUUUCCAUUGCGGAAUGGCGAAUCACGCGCACGCUGUUUUGCGUAAUGAUUUUGCUCUGCGCAAUUGUGAUUGAAGAAGCAAAGAGACAAUAGAAACAGUGGCACACCACAAAGAUUUUUUGU